AUGCCACACAGCUGCCCCUUCGACUUCUGCGGCAUGCUCUGCUUCCUGCAACAUGCGCGCAGGCACCAGUUCACCUGCCAGUUCCUGCACACGCAACUCUUCCCCCUCGCACACGUUUCUGGCUUUACACCCGCUUUCAUCCUCCUCGUCGUCCGCCUCCUCGUCAACACCUACAUCGCGCGCGUACUAGACGGCACGCCCGGUAGAGACGACCUCCAACUCAUCGCCGCCGAACUCGCCUCUAGUUACACCGAUUACAAGUGCUACCGAUCCGAACUCUGGGACGCCAUCCAACACCUCGCACGCGCACUUUGUCAGUUCUUCCCCAUCUGCGCCAAACUCGGCCUCGGCAAAACCGACAUGGACGAACUCAUCUGCAAAAUACACGCCCACUCCUUCAUCGUCGAGUCCUACAACGCCAAGCACGAAACCACAUCACUACUCACCAUCGCACCCGUCCUCAGCAAACUCACACACAGCUGCAUACCCAACCUCUACGCCAGUUACCAACCAGACAUCGACGAUGAGACGCGUGACGACUUUAGUGAGACUUACGGUGCGUCCCGUGAGACGCACGGUUGGCCGAUUCAGGCAAAGGUUGCGGACAAUGUGGUCGAUAAGUUCCUAGAAAUGCUGAGCAGCGCGUGGAAAGGGGGAGAAGUUCACUGGAACUCCGGGAAGCAGCUGACCGCCGGCGGAGGGAACCGAAGUCUUGUCCUGCGUUCAAUUGCAUUCAUCGAUCAGGGCGACCCGGUUGCUUUUAGCUAUGUUCCGGACUUGUACAAGCCAACCAACUUGCGCAAGGCAUUGUUCCAGCCGCUGAAGGUCCUCCAAUGCUGCUGCGUGCGGUGCCGGGACCCCUCGGAGUCACUCCGCUUCGUGAAUGGAAUCCGUUGCCCGCAGUGUCUGUUCGGUUAUGCGUGUCCACGGCGGUUGGCGCGGGUGGACGUGUGUAUCAAACGGUUUCGAGAGACUUCCACGUCGCGCGAGGGCCUUCAUGGUGCGACCAGUGACUUGCGUGAGGCUCGCGAUGAGGAUGUGGUGUGGAAGGGUGGGACUGGUGCGACUCAGAAAUGGGAGUGUAGUCGUUGCGGUUUGCUGAAGACGUCUGUUUCGGAGGUUGAGUGUGACCAGUUGAUAAGCAGUUGGCAGGAUCGGUUGAUCGACGUGAAGGGUCACAGUGUGGUGGGUAUGCGUGGGGAGUUGAUGUCCUUGUACGAGGAGAUGUUGAUUCGCGCACACAGUGCGAAUUGGUUGGUGUUUGAGACGUUGGUGCAGUUGGUGGGUUUGUACAAGGCGAAUCCGGGUCGGGACUUGGCGAAGGCUCUGGGUUUGCAGUACCACGCUAUGUUGAUUGCGCAGAACGUGUUGCCGACAGCCGAUUUACACCACACUAGCUUGGGUUUGAGUUUGAUUGAAUUGUUGCCGGUGGAUCAGUUGGCGCCGACGUUGUUGCACCGUGCUUACUGGAGUGCGUACUGUUGUCUGGGUCCUCGGCACGGGUUGACGUUGUACGUGUUGUCGAGUGCGAGUGCGAUUGCGGCGGUGAGUCGGUUGCCUUUUGUGAAGGUGCCGGGUGUGAUGGGUGCGGCGGGUCCGUUGGAUGAGUUACGGCAGAUGCACUUGGUGGUUGGCCGGGAUUCGAUCGGGGAACUUGGAGGUGGUGAGUGCGCACUUGGCAGAGGCGGACCUGUGGAUAGAUGCGAUUGA